AUGAAGUCUCCUAUGUAUCAAUUGCUCCUGGCGCUUCUCGUCAGCUUGUCCACUGCAGAACCUUUGCUUACGGUAAGGAGCGAUACGGAGAACGCUACUUAUGUCGAUCUCGUUGUGCGUAAAGGGCCAUCGCAGCACGUUGCUUCAGGGUUCAUCUACGGUAUUCCAGACACCUUUGGCCAGAUACCAUCGCAUUUCUAUGAGAACAUCGGAUUCAACUACGGCCGUGCCGGGGGUGCUCAGGAAGGGGCACCGAGUCGGGGAUGGAUCUGGGGUCUGACAGACUACUAUGGCCGGCUCAAUUCAACCUUGACUGAUUACAAAACGUGCCGUGAAUUCAACGCGGGUUUUAUUCUGCUCCCCCAUGACGUUUGGGGUACUGACCAAGCCAACUCGUCUACCGUUUGGCCCGGUGACAAUGGCGAUUGGACUGAUUACGACAACUUUGUGACCACUUUGAUGUCAGACCUCGCUGCAAACGAUGCCCUCGAGGGCCUGGUCUGGGACAUCUGGAACGAGCCGGAUGGUUCCUGGUUUUGGGCACGAAGCAUGCAGCAGUGGAUUGACCUCUACAUUCGCACCCAUAAGUUGAUCCGCGCCAAUUCUGCAUUUGACGGCGUGAAGAUAUCGGGGCCAACCCUGUCUGCAUCUCCGUAUAAUCCCGACAUCUGGUGGACUAGUUGGUUAUCGCAGAUUGCUGGAAAUGAUACCAUUCCUGAUCAAAUUGCCUAUCACCUCGAGGCAGGACCCGGAAUUGGCCCAUGGCAAUCGUCAUAUGAUCUCACUAACACUUAUCCCUCUGUCCAGGCAUUACUGCGUUCUUAUGGAAUUCCCAAUCGGCCUCAAGUCAUCAACGAAUAUGCAUCGUAUGAAGAGCAGAUUCCAUCUGGUGCAGCGUUCUGGAUCUCAAGGUUAGAACGAUACGAGGUCCAAGGCCUUCGUGGUAAUUGGCAGAGCGGAAAUACACUGCACGAUCUCAUGGCAAAUCUACUGACCAAGUCAGAUCCUUUCAACUACGCAGCGACAGACUACAUGCCUGGACCUGAAUAUUCCGUGUAUGAAUAUUACUAUCAGAACAUGACUGGCUGUCGCCUCAAUACGACCGGUAGUGUAAACCUGCAGUUUGACGUCUAUGCGACAGUCGACGACGUGGUGCGCAUACUUGCUGGGGGUCAAACCGCCACGGGUAACUGGACCGUUACCGUUGAGAACUUGACUGAAGUUGGGUUGCCACAGCAAGGAUCUGUCAGUAUCAGAACUCUCGCAUUCAAUGGGAACGGUCACUACGUUCCGACGUAUGGGCCCGUUGAUCUCGGAGUUUCUAACUACUCCUACUCCGGUAACAACUUGGUGAUUCCCAUUGAUCAACGCACAAACUAUACUGCAUACGCAUUCGAGUUCACGGGUGGACAUUCUAGGCGUGUUUGGUGA